UCGUAAUCAUUUGUACCCUAUGCGGCAUCCGUUUUUCAUAACAGUUAUUCCUUUUUAGUAAUUUUGAGAUUUCAUGAAUUAUUAAAGAAUUGGUAAAUUUCUUUUUGUGCAACGGUAAACAAGAUAUGUUUCCUCCACCUUUCAGGAAAUCUGCUCAUCCAGAUCCUAAUGGUUGGAUUCAUGUAGGGCGAAAACGUUUCACUCAAAAUAUAGAACAGUGUUGUCAGUUGAGGAAGCCUUGCCUGGUUUCACCAAAGAAUGUAGCAUCUUUGAACUGUAAAACGUAUCCAAGAGAAUUUCACCAAUGUUCAUCUGUAGCUGUUACUCAAAAGAACCUAAAGGAAAAUUCUGAAUUGUCUUCUUUCUUGAGGAAAUCUGCUCAUCCAGAUCCUAAUGGUUGGAUUCAUGUAGGGCGAAAACGUUUCACUCAAAAUAUAGAACAGUGUUGUCAGUUGAGGUGAGAUAUUGUUUCUAACUUUCCAAGGACAAUAAAUUAGAGCUUUUAUCAAGAUUAAUUUCUUAGGAUGUGGAUAUGA